AUGGCUGUCGCCCGCCGUUCUCCGCUCUUUGCAUCAAGCGUUCAUGCUGCAUGUGCUCUCAGCAGACGGCGACGGAAUGUUUGCAUCCGUGGCUUCAGCGCUGUGGUGCCGCAAAGUGUGGAGGGAACAUUGAAGGGUAUGCCUAUCGGGUUGGAUUUGCCAAGGCGUUUCAAAGGAAGCGACUUCAACGUUGAGAGUUGUCGCACUGCUUGCGAUGCAUUGGCCGAUAGCAUAGCCCAAGGCAACCACCAUCAUGUGGACGGGUUGAUCACUGCCCUGCGCCUCAUGAUGCCUGCUCAGAGUGGCUCUGAGCGAGCUUUUGCCAGGCCAAGGGAUGACUUCAUUCUACGGCCAGAAGUGCUGCUGUGGUCCAAGCAAGAUUUUCUGGGCGGACUUGAGGAAAACAUGCGGAUUGUGCAGAAAUGUGAGGCAGAUUUUGCCCAACUCAUGGCCUCUUAUCCAGAAGGCUUCCGUGCACCUGAGAUCUUGGCUGCAGGCCUUGACCUUGCUGUGGUUUACCUCAAGAACUAUUCCUUGGACAAGGCUGAUACACUGUAUUCAGCCAUGGAAUCUCAAUGCAUGUCGCGGGGCUUGCCAUGGGACGUGAAGUUCAUGCAGGACCUCGCCACACUGCGAUGCAAGCAGCAUCGCCAGGCAGAAGCCGCGCAGCUCUUGGAGGAGGUGGCAAAGCGGACACCACCUCAUGAGGCAACAUUGCGUAACCUUGGUACAGUGUACAACAUGCUGCGCGAGCAUGACAAGGCGCGAACCUACUUUGAGGCUGCUUCCAAGCUUGUGGGCGAUGUCGAGAAAGAGGAUCUUUGGAACCUGGGCAUUGUGGAGAUGCACAAGAAGAACUUUGACGAGGCCGCGCCCUUGCUGGAGCGUGCACUUGCUGCCUUCCAGAAGGAUGAUCCAGAGGACGACGUGACCAUUGCUAAGUUGAGGGAUUCUGUGGGCAUGUGCUACGACGGAAUGGAAAGAUAUGAAGAUGCCAUUUUCCAUUUGGCCGAAGCGCGUUCACUGUAUGAACGCAGCAUCGGCACAGAGAGCCCUUUGUAUGGCACAGCUUGUGAGCGCUUGGCCAGGGCCCUGGUACAUGCUGGCCGUCAUCAAGAGGCUUUCGAAGCUGCAGUGGAGGCCUUCAUGGUGAUCGCCCUGCAGGAUGCAGUGCACCCAACACCUCUGUUUGAGCUGCUGGGGCUCAUGUUGGAGGAGAUGCCACUGGAGAGUGAAAAUGUGGCACGCCUGGCAAAGCUUCAGGUGCCCAUUGCUGCAGCGGUUCGCAACCUUCACUUCCGGGAGAUGGACCAGGAUGGAAAUGCAGGAGUCCUCUACGAGCGCAUGUCUCGGGCAUUGGUGUUAUGCAGCCCUGCAAAGGGUGACGCUGCUGAUCGCAAGGCAGCAGCCCACCGCCGUGCAAUGGCCAGAGCGCUGCUGACGCAAGCUGCGCCCUUGGUAGCAGAUGCUACCGAACAGGGCUUGGCAGAUCUCUCACACAUCUCCUUGCUCAUCAGCAUGCAGCUACAAACUUUGGAUGCACAUGAUGCUGAGCAGCGCCGUUCGUUGGAUGGGGCCAGUGUGGAGCCAAUAGGCCUGCUAGAGCGGAGCACAGUGUUUUGCAAGCGCUUUGCUCCUGAUGAUCAGAUCAGAGAAGGUUGCUUGCGCCGUCGAACCUCUGGCGAAAGUGUUGAGGUACUGAGUGGACCUGCACAUGAAGACCCCCGGGCUCAGGAGCAGCUCAGCUGGCACGCGCGCCGGUCUGCGGAGGUCCUCAAGGACCCCAUUUGGCGCUUUUGCUGGGACAUUAUUCAAGAGCGCAGCGGCGGCUCGGAAAAGUUUCCAGCAUGCGAUGAAUUCUUGGCCUCCGCAAUCGACGUCUACCAGUAUCUUCAACAAGAGCUGAUGGCAGCUGAUCAGAUAGGCCACCUUGAGGAUGUGUUUUCCAAAGAUCUAUGGCCUAUCGUUCGCUCCGCGCAUGGCGAUUUCGAGCCGUUGCGCAAGCAAUUUGGACGCGAAAACUGCAAGAUCAAGUGGGUCUCCACAGAGGCCUUCAUCUUUACGCUGCAGCAGCCUGGGCCUAGAGAAGACCUACGGCCAAAGAAGCUGGAGGAUUCAGCGGAUUGCUUUGUGGUGGCGGGAGCCCGACUUUUCUCGGUGAUGAGUUUGUCCUUCGCCCCUGAGGAACGAUACAGCAUCGAUGACCUGAUUUUCGAGUCUGCUUUUGAUGAGAAAGAUGGGGUGGUGCAGUGGCGAAUAAUUGAUAUCAGCGGUCCGCAAGCCCCAAGUGAAUGA